UAUGGAUGUGAACUGUGGAAGCUACUUGUUAAAACACACAAAAUCAGCUGUGGAACAGAAGAAGGUAUCAGAAUCAGACAUAGACAGAGCCCUUCUCAACCUCUUCUCCAUCCGAAUGAGGCUCGGCCAUUUCGACGGCGAUCCGAGAAAGCUCCUAUACGGCGCCAUCAAUGCCACCUCCGUCUGCAGCAACGACCACCAAGACCUCGCCCUCGAAGCAGCACGCUCUGGCAUUGUCCUCCUCAAAAACGAAGCCGCCCUCCUCCCUUUCUCCAAGACCUCCACCAAGUCCCUCACCCUCAUCAGCCCCAACGCCAACUCCUCCGCCAUCUUCACCGGAAACUACGAAGGCUAUCCGUGCAAAACCGCCUCAAUCCUCCAAGCACUCGAGAAUCUUUAUAGCUUUCCCACCAAAUUUAAUCAAGGCUGUGAGUUUGCCAACUGCACUUCAGUUUCAACUGAUGCAGCAGUGGCCAUUGUGAAGGAGGCGGAUCGUGUUGUCCUUGUCAUGGGGCUGGAUCAGUCGUUGGAGAGGGAGAAGCUCGAUAGGGUCGAGCUGGGGCUGCCCGGGCAUCAAGAGGAUCUCAUCACAGCUGUUGCAGAAGCUGCUGUGAAGCCAGUUGUGCUGGUGCUUCUCUGUGGAGGCCCUGUUGAUGUCUCCUUUGCUAAGCGAAACCCCAAAAUCGGGAGCAUCCUGUGGGCCAGUUAUCCGGGUGAGGCUGGAGGGGUAGCUGUGGCUCAGACUCUGUGUGGAGACAACAAUCCAGGUGGGAAACUACCGGUUACUUGGUAUCCGAAAGAGUUCAGCAAGGUGGCGAUGACAGAUAUGAGGAUGAGGCCUGAUCCGUCUCAAGGCUAUCCGGGGCGAACCUACAGAUUCUACACUGGUCCGACAGUGUAUGAAUUCGGCUAUGGACUCAGCUACACAAACUACACUUACAAGUUCAUCUCAGUCAGCCGUGGCAGCCUCUUUCUGAACAGUUUAUCGGCCAUGAAGAAAUCUGGUCCGAUAUCUGUGUCUGAACUGGGGAGCAAGGGCAGCGAGAGCAUCAAGUUUUCAGCCCAAGUGAGAGUCACCAAUCAUGGAGGCAUGGCUGGCAAGCAUCCAAUGUUGUUGUUUGCUAGAAGCAACAACACGGGAAGUGGCGGUACGAGGAGACAGUUGGUUGAGUUCAAGACUGUGGUAUUGAGUCCGGGAGAGACUAAAGAAAUUGGAUUUGAUAUCAAUCCAUGUGAAAGCUUUAGCCAUGCUGAUGAAAGUGGGGCAAUGUUUAUUGAUGAGGGCACCCUCUGCAUAGGCGUGGGGGGCGAUGAACGCGCUAUUAAUGUCGUAAUCUAAUGCAACAC